UUACCUACAAGGGCUACAACUACGAUUUUCAUGGUGACAAAUACAGCAAAAUUACGCCGGUUCGAUGAAAGCCACCAGUCCGUACAAGUACAACUCCUCCAUGCACAAAUCACGAAACCGCUAGAUGAUUUUCGAUCUCUGUCAUCUAGUACAUGAUAUAUCAUGUAUGUUGAUUUAGGUAGAUCUCUUCAGUCCUCUUUCGAUUUCUAAACUAUCCAUCUCAACCCUAGAUUCAAAAUCUCAAACCCCUACUCUCUUUUUUUUCUUUUUCCUACUUGCCUUUUCACUUUACAUAUCUACCAGAUCUCUCAAAUUCAAAUCUCACUCUGUUUCAUUACAUUGUUGGCCUAAAAUCCCCAAUUUUCGGCACAAUUUAUAUAAUUCUCAUAGAUUCGGAUCACCAAAAACCCUAAUAUUCGGUCAUGGCGAAACAAUUCAGUGUCCCGCCGGUGGUUUUCCCUUCCGGCGGGAACCCCGGUACCGGAGCGCAACAGCGGCGGCUUCCAACGGCGCCGUUUCAGCCACCGCGGUCCGCAAACCCUAGCAUCCCUUUCAUGUCAUUCGAUAUGAGUUCUGCCGCAGCCUCAACCUCAUUUUCCAAUCCUCAAUUCGCCGGCAGCAGUGGCAGCAGUGUUGGAAUCGGCGGCGCAUUUGAGGACGAGCCGCCCCUACUCGAAGAGCUUGGAAUAAAUACUAAGCAAAUUUGGAACAAGACAGUCUCGAUUAUGAACCCUUUUAGAGUAAAGGUCGAUCUUCACGAAGACGCAGACUUGUCAGGCCCAUUUCUGUUCUUGAUGGCGUUUGGAUUGUUUCAAUUACUCGCUGGGAAGCUACAUUUUGGGAUCAUAUUGGGGUGGGUGACCGUGGCGUCUUUGUUUUUGUAUGUUGUGUUCAAUAUGUUGGCAGGACGAAACGGGAAUUUGGACUUGUAUCGGUGUUUGAGCUUGAUUGGAUACUGUCUGUUGCCUAUUGUGAUUUUAUCAGCUGUCUCACUGUUUCUUCCUCAAGGUGGGGUGGCAAUUUUCGCCAUGGCAGGGGUUUUCGUGAUAUGGUCGACGUGGGUUUGCACCAGGCUGCUGGUGGAGUUGGCUUCCUGUGGAGACGAGCACCGCGGAUUGAUUGCGUAUGCUUGUUUCUUGAUUUAUAUGCUGUUCUCUCUCUUAGUGAUAUUUUGAACUGAAUUGGUACAACUCUUCAUGGUUUUAGCAUGCACUUGUAUUCCUUGCAAUUUUAUAUAGGGUACUCUCACAGGCUUCUUGAUAGACAUAAUUCUCGUGGAAAUUGGUACUCUUUUUUAUAGGUUUACCGGGUCACUUAGAAAUAGCAUAUGAUGUUUGCUUCAUGGAUUUCUUAUAGAAUGGAAGCAAUAUUCAGUAUUGAUGUUUUAUAUUUAUUUUGAUGUUUGUGCUCAAGGUCCAUGCAUAUUUAGAUGUUAAUAUUAGGGAUUUAUCAGUAAAUGGAAGUAAUAUUCGGUA